UAGUUGGUUUUUUUUUUGUGGUGAAGGUCCUUCCUCGUAGAAUUUGCUAGAACGAUUGCCUUGCAAUAAUUUUUUGUCUCGGAACCGAGAAUUGAGCGACUGUCAGCUGACGUGUUGGAGAAAAGAGAAGUGUAAAGUGUUGUUGCGAAUUUUAUCUAUUCUACUAAAUUUCGUCUGUUAUUUCUGAAUAUUAAUUAUUGGAAGACUUGUUUUGCUUCGAUCAGCUGCCUGUGUCAGCUUAGAAGAUGGUAAAAGAGACGACGUACUACGAUGUACUGGGGGUGAAGCCCUCUUGCACUUCGGAUGAACUCAAGAAAGCUUACAGGAAACUAGCGUUAAAGUACCACCCAGACAAGAAUCCCAAUGAAGGAGAAAAGUUCAAGCAGAUCUCGCAGGCGUACGAGGUGCUGUCGAACCCCGACAAGCGCCGCCUGUACGACCAGGGCGGGGAGCAGGCGCUGAAGGAGGGGGGCAUGAGCGGCAGCGGCUUCUCCUCGCCCAUGGACAUCUUCGACAUGUUCUUCGGGGGCGGGGGGCCCUUCGGCGGCUCGCGGAGCCGGCGGGAGCGCCGGGGCAAGGACGUGGUGCACCCCCUGCAGGUGUCCCUGGAGGAGCUGUACAAGGGGGCUGUCCGCAAGCUCGCCUUGCAGAAGAACGUCAUCUGCGAGAAGUGUGAAGGGCGCGGGGGCAAGAAGGGCACGGUGGAGCGCUGCCCCGGCUGCCAGGGCUCGGGCAUGAGCGUGCAUGUGCAGCAGCUGGGGCCGGGCAUGAUCCAGCAGAUCCAGACCAUGUGCCAGGACUGCCGCGGCUCGGGCGAGCGCAUCAGCCCCAAGGACCGCUGCAAGACCUGCCUCGGCAUGAAGACGAUCAGGGACCGCAAGAUCCUGGAGGUGCACGUGGACAAGGGCAUGGUGGACGGGCAGAAGAUCACGUUCGGCGGGGAGGGCGACCAGGAGCCGGGCCUCGAGCCGGGGGACAUCAUCGUGGUGCUGGACGAGAAGGAGCACGAGGUCUUCAAGCGCUCGAACAACGACCUGAUCAUGCAGAUGCGCAUCGACCUGGUGGAGUCCCUGUGCGGCUUCCAGAAGGUGAUCACGACCCUGGACGACCGAGCGCUGGUCAUCACUUCGUUGCCAGGGGAGGUGACCAAGCACGGGGACGUGAAGUGCAUCCUGAACGAGGGCAUGCCGCAGUACAAGAACCCCUUUGAGAAGGGGCGGCUCAUCAUCCAGUUCAUGGUGAACUUCCCCUCCGUGCUGCCCCCGGAGCUGAUACCCCAGCUGGAGAACUGCCUGCCCCCCAGGCCGGAGGUGAUGAUCCCGGACAACGCGGAGGAGUGCAUGCUGGUUGAGCUGGACCCGGAGCAGGAGGGCCGGCGACGCAACUACCGCAACGCCUACGACGAGGACGAGCCGGGGCACGGCCAGAGCCGUGUGCAGUGCGCCACGCACUGAGUUGGGCCACGCCACGCGGUUUAUCCGGGUCCACUGCGGCGGCCUGCACUCUCUCUCCUUUCCCGCAGACCUGCUGCAACACGCGCCGUAGAGUCGUUCCCGUAGCUGUUUGUGUUGCCGUCGCACGCCCUCUGUCUUGUAGUGGUCCUUGUCAACCGAUAUUGUUGAAGAAAUAUAUAUAUAUACAUGUAUUGUAAAACGUAAUUUAUUCCAUUUGUGUUCCUCCAAGAGACUUGCUUAGCGGGUGAGAUGUUGACGAGUGAAGCUUUUUGGCACGGUGUGUGUGUGUGAAGUCGGUGACUGUGAAAAAAAAAUAAAAAUAAACUGAAAGUGGGUUGAAUUGGAUGAUUGAAGAGUCUGUCUGAAUAAGGAAUGAAAGUUACACUCAAAUUUUAAUUUUUUUUUAAACUAAAAUUGCUUACUAGUUCAUCUCGUGGUUAUUAAAUAUACUGCAUUUGAGAAAUGAGUAGCUAUGCUGCAUUGUACACAUCCAAGAUUUCUCGUUUCUUCCUGAUCAUAAAAAUGUUUUAAAUAUAAACCAAAUUUUUUUUUAUAUUACUAUUUCAUUGUUCUGUUUUUUGCUGUAACUGACAUUGUGAUUUUAUGCACUGCUUAACAGUUCAGUAAUAAAUAAUUUGUUUUGAGAA